AGUUCCCACAAGUCUUUGUGACUUCUCUUUACCUUUGCUGACUGCUUUCUAAAUUUCCAGCUCCAUUGAGCUUGGAUUCUUACCAAGUGCCAGCAAGGUUUUAGGGGGCAAGAAUGUGUACUGUAUAUUAUUUGUAUAUCAGUAAUGUUAGAUUCACAGAUGUAUGAGAAAAGUGGAAAGCUUGGGUGGAUUUUGAGGCCAAAUCUCAUGGUUCAGUGGUGGUUUAAGCUGUUGAUUUUUGGGGUUUUUCUUGGAAUCUUGAUUGUUUGGGGUAUUGAUGGUGGGAAUAUUCGUGUCCUUGUGGGUUCUUUGCACAAAGAUUUUUCAGUUUUCAAAGUCAAUAAUAGCUCUGCAACUUUUAGACCCACCUUCAAAGAUUUCUCCUUUGCCAAUGUUUCACUUUUGCCCCAUUCUGAUCUUCCCCCGCUUAAUCUCAGCCAUACAUUUAAUGGAAGGGCGGUUUUGAACAAUAGUGCUGAGUUAAUGUCAGAUUUGGCUGUCAAAGAUGAAGCUUUUCUAGAGACUUUGAGUUGGAUCUCUACUGAGUUAGAGGCAAAUUAUUCCUCAAAUCUCUUUAAGAGGUGGAUGGCUCCAGGCCCGGAGUCGAGAACCGUAGAUAUAGCGAUUCCGGGUUUGGACGGUAGCCCGGGUAUUGAGCUGUCGACUGGGUAUGUUCAUGAGUUCUUCAUCCAGGCACUGGAUGAAUCAAAGAAGCCACUCUGUUUGGGUGGUGACUAUUUUGAGACUGAUCUCUCUGGUGAGAGAUGGAAGUCUAGGCCCCCAGUCCAAGACUUUGGCAAUGGCACAUACAAGUUUUCCCUUCAAGUCCACCCCGAUUUCGCGGGGGAUUACAACCUCACGGUGAUCCUGUUGUUCCGGCAUUACGAGGGGUUGAAGUUUUCCCCCGAGAGAUUCGCCGUCGACCGGGUCCUCCGUGUGGUCCCCGUCAAGUUCAGCAACAAAUCCUCGGGUGAGCUGCCCGAGAUCUCGCGGUGCACGAAGUCGGAUUUCGGUCGAGACGUCUGGUCCGGGCGGUGGACGCGGCACGCCAAGAAUGAGACUUGCAGUAUCGGCAACAACGGACGGUUCCGGUGCCAAGACCUGAAGUUUCCGUGCCCGAAGCCUUGGUGUGACGGUCCGUUGGGCUCGUUGGAGAGCAACGGGUGGGUGUAUUCGACACAUUGUUCGUUCAAAAUGUAUUCGGCCGAAGAGGCAUGGGAUUGCCUGAGCAACCGGUGGAUCUUCUGGUGGGGUGAUUCGAAUCACGUGGACACCAUCCGAAACAUGCUCAACUUCAUCCUCGGACUACCCGAAAUCAAGUCCGUUCCAAGAAGGUAUGACAUGAACAUUACCAACCCCAAGAAUCAAUCCCAGACGGUCAGAUUCACAAGCAUCUUCAACGGGCAUCACAACGAGACCGCGAACUACCUGGGGUUGAAUUCGCUGUCAAAUUCGGAUUACCGAGAACUGUUGAAAUCCUAUUUUUCAGGAAAUGUGGUCCCAAACACUGUCAUCAUGAACUCGGGCUUACAUGACGGGGUGUACUGGCACAAUCUGAGGUCAUUCAUCAAGGGCGCGAAUCAUGCUUCAGAUUUUUGGAGAGAGAUUGUGGAAGGGGUGAGGGGGAGAGGGUUGGCCGCGCCGGAGAUAAUAUACAGGACCACGAUAGCAACGGGCGGGUACGCCAGAAGACUGGCAUUCAAUCCCCACAAAAUGGAGGCAUUCAACGGGGUGGUUUUGGACAAGUUGAAGGCCCGUGGGGUGUUGGACCGGGUGGUUGAUGAUUUCGACAUGACCUAUCCGUGGCACUACGACAACAGGUGCAACGAUGGGGUCCACUACGGCCGUGCCCCGCGCAAGUUCCGGUGGCGGGAUGGCCAGAUCGGACACCAGUACUUUGUAGACCUCAUGCUCUGCCAUGUGCUGCUCAAUGCUCUGUGCACAAAAUAGUACUCCGUCUAUUGGCUAUUGAUGAGUUUAUAUAUACAGCCACUCAACCGGUCACCGAACGUUCUAACUCCGGUCGUGUGUGGCAUCGGUUUAGAACGUCAGGUGACAAGUAGAGUGGCUAUAUAAACUCACCAAUAUUCCGGGAUGUCAUUUAUUGAAUCAAUUUUUUUCCGCAAUUGGGCUUAUUGCAUUGUGAAUUCUACCAGUGCAAAGGGGAUGAAAUACAUUAUUCUUUUGUUUGUAUAAAUGCAGGUUUUCUCUUUUGAAAAGCACAAAACUUACUUGUGUGUUUAGGAACCGAGGCCGGCCAAAUACUCCUUUGUUAUAGCUAUGGAUAAACACAACCACCCGACCUGAUCAAUUGGACCAAAACUAUGGAUGAUACUGGAAUGAUGAUGAAUGGAUCAUGAAUGAAACGGGUCGGAUACG